AUGAGAAGUUCUAUCGACUAUGGUCACCAGGUCCUAUUUUUUCAAAAAAACCUUACCAGGAUAGGAGUACUCCUCAGACUAAGGAACAGAGCGCUCAGGGCGGCUCUUGGCUACCGGCAAUCUACCCCUAUUAACGUUAUUCUAAGCGAGGCUAAGGAGCCUCCCUUACACGCAAGGAUUGAGUUUCUUAAAAUACUAAGACUUCGAGGCUACGGUGGACGGGGUCAGGGCGGUAUAAGUCGUCGAACCUGGCUUCUCCGCAAUAUCCCCAUCUUCAAAACUUUUAUUAAGAUCAAAGGGGAUCUUGAGAAGAUUCAACAAUCCAAGAUUCUUCCCUGUUUUUUGCAGAACUAUGAGACUUUACUCUUUAGACCGCUCACUGCUGACAUAAACUUGGGAGGUUUUCCGAAAGACAGCUCGCUGGGAUCCGUUUUCAGGAGUGAGACUGAGCUUUUGACUGCGGGGGCAGUCACCUUUUACACGGAUGGUUCUAGGAGGGGGGGCGAGGAGUCGCCCAGAGUGGGCUUAGGGGUCUUCUCCCCGGAAUUGGACGUUAGAGUGUCUUGCAGGUUGGAUGACGCUGCCUCCAUCUUUACUGCUGAGGCCUUGGCCGUUAAAAAGGCAUUCGAACUGAUUCUCGACAACUGUUCCGCGGUCAGGAAGGCCGUCAUCUUCUCUGACUCUCGUAGUGUGUUGGAGGCUUUAACUUCAUUGAAUCCGUUUGUCAGAGGUAAUUUGGUUCCCGAGCUUAGAGAUCUAGCUCGCCGUAUUACUGAUUUGGGGAUUGAAUUAAUUAUGGCCUGGAUCCCCUCUCAUAGGGGCAUUGAUGGAAACGAAGUGGCGGAUCGCCUGGCUGGUGAAGCUACCCUCAGCAAAGAAAUCCAUAUUGCCGAUGUUCCAUACACUGACUGUUUCUCUAUCGCUAAAGAAAUUUCGAACAGGGCCAGUAAUGCCUAUUUCCAAGGGGAAAGUCUUCACAAGGGUAAAUAUUAUCAUCAAUUCUUUCACUCCCUGGCUCCUAAACCCUGGUUCCAUAAAAUCAGGCUUAAAAGAUCGGAAAUUGUUUUAAUUAAUAGAAUACGCAGUAACCACUACAACCUCAAUUUUAGUCUGUUUAGAAAGAAUAUGAUAGAUUCUCCUGCGUGCUCCUGCGGAUACGACACUCAAGAUGUUAACCACGUAAUAUUUGCUUGUCCACUAUAUAAAAGAUGCAUGGCUCCGUUUCUCAACUUUGCGAAUUCUAAAUACCCCAAUUUCCCUUUGUCGGACAUUGCCCCUAUUAUUGUCUGUCCUUCUCCCAAGCUUUGCAGACUCCUUUUAGCAUCCUUCAAAAGUGCCAAUUUGCUUAUUUGAAUUUACCGCUCUUACUCGUGG